AUGCCUUCUUACCAUAGUUGGGGCCCCAACGGCCAGCAUUCAAGAUUACCACCCACACCGCCAGAGUAUCAACCGUACCUCACUCCCAUGAGUGCCGUGUCGGAUCAUGGAUUUUACUCUACCCAGACUUAUCAUCCACGUCGAUCCCUCUCGACUCGUGAUUACAGCGAGCGAAGCCAUCAAGCACCACCAGCCUACAGCGCCCAGCCCGCUUUACCAGGGCAGGUGUCGAGACUGGGACACGGCCAUCCUUCUCAGGAUUAUCCGUACGCUCAACCAUAUCCUGCAGCUGCUCAAUAUCAGUACGCUCCCGUUGUUGCUCCCAUUCUGCCGCCCAUUCGUGUCACAGAGGCCAUGGACUUUUCCGCUCAAUUGGCACAGCAGGCCGAGCAACAAAAGCAGAAGGAGGAAAAGCCGACAGGAGGUGUGGCCCAGCACUUGGAUUAUGAUAUGGAUCUUAUGUCCAGCUUUGUUGCUGAGAUGUCUCAGAAACUUGUAACACCAGAAACUGUUCCAACACCACAAUUCCGCAAAUACGUGUCUCAAAUCCUGUCAUCAACUCGGCUCCCCAGCUCGACCAUCAUGCUCGGUCUGUUCUAUCUCUCCUCGCGGAUGAAGCAUGUCAUCGAACGUGGCCAGUCGACCUCAUCUUCAGGCACCGUAUACCGAAUGCUGACGACCUCACUCCUUCUGGGAAGCAAAUUCCUCGACGACAAUACAUUCCAGAACCGUUCUUGGGCGGAGGUCAGCAGCAUCCCUGUUCACGAGCUCAACAUGAUGGAGUUACAGUGGCUCACCGACUUUAAGUGGGAAAUUCACGGCAUGAUGUACGAUGACAAGGAAGGUUUCUUUUUGUGGGUGGAGCAUUGGCAUACCUACGAAGAGAAGGCUCAGCUCGCCAAAGUCAAGGAGCUGCAGAAGUUGGCCCCUAUUGAGACCAACAUCCAUCGUAGCCACUCCGUCCAUCAACCCCUCAUGUCUCCUGAAGGGCCAAUCCCCCCUCAGUACCAACAAGGCUCCCAAUACGAUACCCGUUGGGUACGACCCUACAUCUCGGAAUACUCACCACCAUCUGCACCACACAGCGGUCCUUCUACCCCAGACUACUAUACUCCCGCAUGGUCCUACACGCCCACAGGCUCAACAUUUGGCCGACCGGCCUACCAUUCUAGCAAUGCUUCUGCUUACUCUGCGCAGCGUCAUCAAGUUCCAGCGUACUCUCAUAACUACAACUACCCCAACAGUCUCACACCAACAUCGUGGAUGACUCAUGGGCCCAACUGCAACUGUUCCCUGCAUGCCAAGCAAGACUACUAUUUUGGUCAUGCUGCCUAUCCCAUGCAAACAGUGGUGGGAUAA